UCCUGCUGUUUGCUAUGGCGGGCACAGCGUUCACAGUUCUGGGGUUGUGCUUAACUUUGCUCUGUUUGCUCAACUUCAUUUUUGUCUUUGGUACUGGUGUGGAAUUUAUCCGAUUUAUAUCACUGCAAGCCAUCUUCUACAACAUCAGUGGGGCGGUGCAGCAGCCCAAAGGAGAUGAUGCAAAUCGUGAAUGGAAUAUUAUAUUACGUGACCCACGCGUUCUGCGACCACUUGCUGUAGACCUAGGCCUCAUCAUCGUUUUCAUACUUCAGCACAGCUUGAUGGCCACUUCUACAAUCAAAAGGUGGAUAACAGGGAUAUUUGGUGUUUUACAGAGGUCACUGUAUGUCUUUAGUACUUCUGUCGUUCUCCAAGUCAUCAUGAGAUACUGGCAGCCAGUGAGAGAUGCACCACUGAUAUGGAGUGCCAGCACCGUACCAUGGAAUACGUGGAUUCCUCUCAUUUGCUUUGUCCUUCACUUCUUUGCUUGGCUCAUAAUUUUUACCAUAAUCCUGAUUUUUGACUAUGCUGAGCUUAUGGGAGUUAAACAGAUUUAUUACUACUGCCUUGGACUUGAAGAUCCACUAUCUAUGAAGUCCUUGCGUGCACAGAGGCUGUAUUCCCAUCUUCGACAUCCUGUCUACCUGGAAUUUCUCCUUAUACUUUGGGCUGUCCCUUGCCUAUCACUUGACCGCGUCUUGUUGGCCACAUUGUUUACCUUGUACCUGACUUGUGGCCACAGUCUGGAUGAACAGGAUUAUCGUUAUCUCCGAGUACAGCUGGAUAGAAAGUUAGAGAUCUUUUCUAGAGAAGAAAUCACAUACGGACAACUCCUCGCGGCCAAUGGCAGUCGCAGCGAAAACGCAGAUAAAGAGCAGUGAAGCAAGGUGCACACUGACGCGCAUGUUCUGUUUGCUUUCAUCCUCCUGCACUAGUGGUGGGUUUGACAUGCCAAUAGACUGUGCCUUGAUUUGACCUUCUAGGUCGGAAGGACUUUUUAAGACACCAAAAUGUAUUUUGAUACUUAGGGAUUUUAUUUGCUUGUUUUAAUUGUUAUGAUUGGAAAUUUUUUUCAUUUUAAACCAUGGUGCUUUUAAGAGCUUAAAUACAAAGAUGGGGGGAAGUAGAGUACUCGUAGUUUAAGUACUAAGUAAAAGUAAACCUUUUUGGUACACAAAGUUAAAAUGUGGAUCUGUGUAUAAUGAACUCAUGCAAUAUUUUAGUGUGCUUUACAAAUCGGUGGCCCUGAGUCCUGUUACAAUAACUGGAAGAAAACUUUAAAUUUGCAUUCUGCUUUAUAAACUCUCUUCCUAAAACAACCAUUUUCAGGCCUCACCUUUCAAAAGAUCAGAACAUGAACUAUAAUGCUUACGGGUCUAAGUUUAACAGCACUUCUCCUUCACAUUAUUCACUUAAGGACUCUGAACUGGUGCUGUAUAGUUCACCAUUUGUAGUGUAUGUAGCAGGCAAGCCUUAUUAUAGUCUCUCUUUUGUUUGUGUUGUUGCUGUGACCUGCUACUGGGUUCUGAUGACAGUUUAGUGUUUUUUUUUUUUUUUUAACAGACUUCACUUUUUUCAUGUUUAGAAACUUUUUAAUUAAACAUUUUGUCAUUGUCUACCACCACUUUAAAGAAAUACAUUCCUACAGGAAAGGAUACCACUGCUAACAAACAUUCCAUUGAUGAAAAUCACUGCCAAUUUGUCCGUUCAUUAAGACAUCAGGGAAUUCUCAGUGACACUGUGUCAGAUAAGAGACCUGCUACCCUUUCUCUUGUCAUUACUUUCAGUGAUGGGCAGUUUCAGUCCAGUUCUUCCGCUUAAACAUCAGUAGAUACAAUGUAUAGUGGCUGUUAAGUUCUGGGAUGCAUUCUGCCCAGUUUCAAGGUAACCUGAGAUGGUCCAUCAGUAAAAUUUUCACUUUCAUGAGUGUUCACUGAUUGGUCGUGUUGCUGUGUGUAGUCAUCACUAGUGAUACAUGUAUGUAUGUUCCAACCCCCCACCACCACAGAGUAUGCCCAGCAUUUUAUUUUAGGGCAACAUGGAAUCCAUAUCUUGUUAACUUGCUCUUUUCAUCACUGCAAAGAUAUUGCUUUGAAAUAAGUGUCCAUUUAUUUAGCAUCUGGAUUAGAUUGCUCAACCCACUUCUUUCAUUAGGUCCUGCACAUUUAACUUCUUGUCACACUGUUUGCUAGACUUAAUACAGGCUUUUUGGUCCCAUUAUUAUUUUUCUCUACACCCCCUUUUUUUCCUGUGUUUUUCCCACUGUGUUUGCCAACCAUCAAGCCACUCCUUAUCGGACCCAAGUCUGUUUCCUAGGGAUGAGGUGUUCCUUUGAAAUUCCCUCGACUGAGAGUUGUACAGAAGAGCAGUCAUCUGAAAAAACAUUGGUGAACUUGGUGCUAUCACCAGCAUUGUAGCAAUGACAACAUAUUUUAUAUGUAAGGUCUAAUUCUUCCCUUUGGAUGAUGACAUUGAUGUAAAUAUCAUCAUAGGGGCCACCUGUACACACUCCUACAGCCGUCUAACAGGGACUGCAUCACCAGCUUAUGUUGUCAUACCCAUGCACAGGCCACUGUCCUUUAGAUAUUGUCCCUACCCUCUACUAGUGAUUGAUUUGGGAGGGGCAGCUUGAGCCAGAUGGAACCCACUCCCACCUCAUCCGUGAUGGACAUGCAAAUCCUCCCCACCUGAGAAACUAAUCAUACUCUGGUCACCUGCGUCAUAGUCUGGGCUUUCCUCUUCACCCGUUUUAUUUCCCUUUUAGUGUCCAGUGUUAUGACAGUAUGACUACUGGAAGACCAGCUAAGGCCAGACAUUAUGCUGGUGCUGUAUGCUUUGUUUCCCAUGUAACUAACAUUUACAUUGUUUGCAGGACUGUUACCUGCUCAAUGUUAUUCCUGUAGCAGUAUAACAGUGACACUGAGAGUAUUCCUUUUCAUUUAUCUGAAAACAACACCAACAAAUCUGAACCAUGGCUGGGAGCAAACCAUUUAUUUACUGCUGCUUUUCUACUUUGGAUUCUGUCUAAUUCGGUAUUUGAUUCAUACAGCAGUGAAAGAACUACAUUUGUUUAUACUGAACAAGGGUUUAUUUUGAAGCCUAUUAGCUCUUUGGCAGGAAUAUGUUUUGUAUUGGUACCGAUUUUACUUUUAAUAAGUGAUUUACUUGUAGUAACAAUUUCUUUAAACCGAUAGACAUCAUUUUACUUGGAUACCUGACCUAUUUUAUUUGUAUCUGCUAGUUUGAUGUUUUUUGGACUCCUGCGUUUGAUGCAGAACUGCUAACAUAUAGAUACUGACUUUCUUGCACUUCUUUAGUAAAAGUUUUAUAGAUUUAGUCCUUCUUAAGAGGCCAGAUUGAGAAAUGAUGGCAUUGUUCCUCCUCCUGUGUCUAGGUUCUGAGUUCAUUCAGGGGCUGCAGAAUAUCAGUGGUACCAUUUGAAAAGUUUACCUACUGAGGCCUGUCCUGUUUAGGACUUUAUCUAAGGAGUAAGAAUAUUGCUGGUAUUUCUAACAAUGCCAAGCCUUACCUAAGGCAAAAGACCAGUUGUGGCCACUUUGAUAACCAGCCCAUCUUCACUGCGUUCUUCCUUUAUAUACUAGCAUUCAGAAUGUCCCACGUAGUGUAGCAGGAGAGUGAGAUUUCAGUGGCACCAUUUCUGAACCUGUGGUGCUGCUUAUGCUCAAAGCACCUUCCUUUACUUUAUUGACUGCUUUUUUAAUCAAGUGGUAAAUAUCCUCAUUUUUGUAACUCCAGAGGAGUCUGAUAUAAACAAUUAUCUGGAAUUUGUAUAAUUCGUGCACGAUGCCUGUACUUAGAUGAUAGCUUCUUUUUGCAUAAUAAUCUAUGAAGCAUGUUGGAAUAUUCUCAUUUUCCGCAUCCUUCCCUCCUGCUGACAGGACGUAAGCACAUUUAAUAAAAGGGUGGAAAUGUUAGCUUUUCCUCCCUUUAUGGUGUUUGUUUUCCUGUAGGAAUGCAUGAGAAGGCUAACUGUGCAGUUUCCUCUUCCCAUACAGGAUUUGUUUAGAAGAAAAUUUAAGAAAGAAGCCUUGUUUAGUUCAUUUGUUUUUAGAUAUGCAUAGUCUCUCUGUAUGGCAAUGCCUGGUGGUAUCCUGUCCCUUUCUUUAUUCUCGUCUGUCAGUGGGACUGCAGCAGUGUGUCAGAGGCCAUUAUGAUCUUAUAAAGGAAGCAGAGUACAAUAAAAACAAGGAUGAAACAGAAAAUAGUACUGCUAUUAAGGUUUUAUUUUCUGUUUUCUCUGUGUAUAGGUUUGUCUGAGUCUCGAACACUAAUUAGAAGACAUACAAACUAGAUCUUUAAAUUCUUUUUACGCUCUAUUUUAUAUGGAGGCAAAACAAAUUUAUACUAAAAUGUGUAAAGUAAGCCACAUUCAGGGUCAUCUUAAGGCUACAUCUUUCUUUGAGGUCUGAAGACAGUGUGAAAAGCAAUGCCUUUCCCUUCUGUCUUUAGUUUCAGUCAGUAACUGUGUUCUGCAGAUUUGAUGUCUGCCUGUAGACACAGCCUGCCAUGGUAGGCAGAAGGUAGACUGUGCCACUUUCUCGCUUGUUAAUCGUAUGCAGAUAUUUGUCAUGCGUUGGAAAGGCCCUUGGAGAGUAGUUGGGGCAAAUGUAAAAUGUGGCCAUUAGAAUAAGCUACAAAUAUGGAAACCAAAGUUUUAAUUCCAUCCUCUGUUAUGUCUACCUCUUCAGUAGAUGACUAUAAAUACUUCUGUAAGUAAAUUCUAUUUACACACACUUUUCAAAUACAGUAUAUCUGCUGGUCUUCAGCUGGGCGUGCAAUCUGGUCAAAUCCUUUGCCUGUACUCCUGCAAUUUUCUAGGUGAGUAGGCUUUGAUCAACAAAAAAACUCCAGCUAAGCCUGAAAAAUAUUACCCUGGCCUUGCAGAUCUUUUUGUCUACCUUUCGAUACACAGUGGUCUGUUGCAGGACAUUAAUUUCCACGUCCACAUGAUAUUUAAACAAGCAAAAGGAAGCAAGGUUGGACCUUAUGUUUUUAAACUGCUGUACCGUGACAAGAGUUACUAGCAUAUCAGAAACUGGGUCACCAAAUAUGGAGCUAAACACAUCAGAGAUGUAAGUGGACAGGUUUGUAUGUAGUUAGAUUUAUCACUUAUAGGGAAAAUAUUUCUUCAGUAAAGGAUGCAAGCCAUUGAUGUAAAUGUAUUGCUUUGCACUCUCUUAUUAGCUGUCCUGUACUGUUGUACACUGCUAACAUGUGUGACAUGCCAGGUAAUGCUCCCCUUUGCUGGAGAAGUAAGUGUGGGAUGCCGUUCCUUUUCCACUUUCUUGCUCAUUAUUAAAUUUACACAGCUGUAGUUUCAUUUACUGCUUUUUACCUGCCUACUCUCCAGCUUUGUUUUUUCUUCUUUAUGUCUAACCUUUUUGUUGCAUUGUAGUAUGUUGUAUACUACCUUUCUUUUGUUGUUUCUUGUAAAUGUUUAUUCACCAG